AUGGCGGGGCACAGGCGGCCCAACGGGUCGCCCAUCUGUCCUGCUCGCAGUACUUCUGCCUCUCUAGAGCCCCAGCUCGAGCGAAGCUUCAGGGCUCUCAGACGUAACAAUGCCAAAUCUGACCUCGAGGUCCCACCGUCGGGGUUUUUGCAUCACCGAAAUCCCAAUUGGGUGGAACAAGAUUCGAUACCUCCCGACGAUGACAGAUGGAGCCCGACGUCGUGGGUCUCUACCGAACCAGUCGAUGAGAGCGACAGGGACGGCUUUGACGACAGCAGCGACAUCAGCAUCAGCGAUAUCAGCGUUGAAGAUAGCAAAGACAUGGGGGAGGAUCUGGGGCUGCCCGAGACGCCAAGUCGGGCUUCCUCCGUGUUGUCGCGUACGCUCUCGCAGGUGCUCGGAAAGAGCAAGCCGCUCGCCAGUUUAUUCAGCACGCCCAGCGAGGACCUGGCAGCGAUUAGUCAAGCAGCGCGCCGCCACAGACUGGCAAUGGGCAUCAUGCGUAGCCCCGCGGCUGCGCGAGGCACGCAGGUGAAACUGGAGAAUGAUUUUGCAUCUGGGGCCAAUGCGGGGCGCCAGAAUGCGUGGUGGGUGGUCAUGGGGCGGGAUCCGGACGCGGUGUCUCAUCUGCUAGGUCGUCACGAGCAGGGCGCGCGUGGUCAGCAGGGCGACUGCUUAGAUGGAAAUUGGCAUACAGGCACCCUCCCGCCACACUCGCGUUUCAUGCACACCUCUUUCUUGGAACUCAUUUUCGCAGGCGCAGUCGGCGGACUCCUCGUCUUCUGUGGCCUCUCUGUCAUCUAG